GUUAUGAGUUGAAAGGUGGGAAGGACAAAGAUAGUUGUUUUGUGUUUGUGAUCGUAUCGCGUGGUGGUAGCGGCAGUGGUGGUGGUGGCAAUGGCAUACAGGAGAAAACAUGGCAUGUCCAGGGCUUCCACCUUCAAGGAAGAGAUUCAUCAAGAUGAAAAUGGCAAUGCCAAUGAUCCUCCUCCUCCAUCUUUGUCCUCUUCCUUUUCUUUCAAGAACCCCUCUUCCUCAUCCUCAUCUUCCCUUGCUGCUCAGGCCAUCAAAGCCUCUGCUGUUCGUCGUGAUCCCUCUCUUUCCUUCACUUUUGCCAAACCUCAAUUUGAUCAACAUCAUAGAUCCAAGAGUUGUGAUAGUUACGGGGAUGUUUCCAAGACUGGUGUGUGGGGCGUCCUCGCUAAGAAAGCCAAAGAAAUUCUGGAGGAAGAUAAGUCAUCCCCACAACACAAUGACGUCAUGUCCAAGUCACACUCUCUUGCCGUCUUUUCUCGUGUUGCUCGUGCCCAGGAGGGUGUGGAUAAGACAGCAGUUCUGAGAACUCCAAUAAAGCUAAAAGGAAUUUCUCCAGAGGACUCAGGAACGUGGAAUCCAUGGCAGCAACCAGCCCAGACAGGAGACCCACAAACUAUCCAUGAAACACAACUCAAGGCAUCUCGCGACGUCGCAAUGGCAACAGCUGCCAAAGCAAAAUUGCUUCUACGGGAGCUGAAAACCGUUAAAGCAGAUUUGGCUUUUUCUAAAGCACGUUGUGCUCAACUAGAAGAAGAAAACAAACUACUACGGGACCGCGAGGGUAGCGAUAAGGGGCAAAACGUUAUCCGUGCAGAUGAUGAUUUGAUCCGGCUUCAACUAGAGACACUUCUUGCUGAGAAGGGUCGGUUAGCUAGUGAGAAUGAGGUAUAUGCCCGGGAGAAUCGUUUUCUGAGGGAAAUUGUGGACUACCAUCAGUUAACUACGCAGGAUGUGGUGUAUCUCGAUGAAGGCAUGGAAGAAGUGACAGAACUUUAUACCACUAGCACUGGCACUGCGGUUCCCCGUGUGCCACCUAAGUCACCAUGCUCACCAUUAAGUCGAGGGUCGCAGACAAAAACAAUAUAUUCUGUCUCACAACAACAACAAGAUCAAGAAGAUAAGAAUACGUCGGAAUUAUUAGAUCAAGCUCCUCCUAAAAAGCAUGCAAAGUGAAACUCAUGAUCCUUGCUUUUAUAUAUGUGUAGUUUGGUUUAGCCUUAGAUGGGUUUCUCAUUCGUGGAACAUACAUAUGCAUAAUUCAUAUUAUAUAUAUGCAUGCAGUACUUGUAACAUUAUUUAUUCGCAUACAUGGUACCGAAGGGAAAAUUAAGGUAGGAGCGGUGGGGGUUAGUGUUGUGUUCCCCCCAAAACAAAAACCAACGCACUUGUUAAUUGACUCUGUAUCUAUAUAUUUAUAUGUAUGUAACUUGCCCGCCCAGGUUUUGGGUUAGUUUGGAAAAUU